AUGUUGAAUGAUAAUCCCACACCAACGAUAUCGUCCAUUGUAUCUUCAGCUUCCGAUGAACAUGGAAUUGAACUUAAUUUCACUCGUACAAAUAGCAAGAAUGAUGGAUUUGCCUGUCUCAAUGUAGAAAAACGCGGUAUUGAACGUAUAUCACCAGAAGAUCGAACCGAUCCGACAAUUAUCAACACGGCAAUGAUAUGGGUCAGUGCAAAUUUAAUUGUACCGUGUUUUGCUGGUGGUACACUUGGUCCAGCAGUAUUCAAAUUAAACCUCUACGAUUCAUUUGCAACAAUUAUCUUUUUCAAUUUACUUGGUAUUAUACCAGUAGCAGUAAUGGCCUGUUUCGGUCCAGCAUCUGGUCUACGUACAAUGAUCUUUUCUCGCUAUAGUUGGGGUUAUUAUGGUGCUUCAAUAACAUCAACUAUCAAUGUUAUAGCUUCAAUCGGUUGGGCAGCUCUUAAUAGUAUCACUGGUGCACAAACAUUACGUGUUGUAUUUAAUGAUUCAUUGCCGAUGGCUGCUAGUAUUAUUAUUAUUGCUAUUAUAACCAUGGUCGUCUCAUUUAUAGGUUAUAAAUGGAUUCAUAUGUAUGAACGGUAUUCAUGGAUACCGGUAUUUAUAGGAUAUUGUAUAUUAGCGAAAGUUGGUGCAAAGUAUUUUACAAAUUCUGGAAUGGUAUCUCACAAUACAACUAUAUCAAGCAAUAGUAAUCAUCGUCUGAAAAUAUCUCGUAUUCUAAGUUUUGGCGCAACAUGUUUUGGUACUUCAGCUAGCUGGUGCACAUGUUCAGCUGAUUACAAUACAUAUUUUCCUGAAGAUACAAGUCAAUUAAAAAUCUUUCUUUUUACUUAUAUUGGUAAUCUUUUUUCAAUGAUUCCAAUACAAUUACUUGGUGCAACUGUCUAUACUGGUACAUAUACAAGUGAGAAAUGGAAUCGUGAGUAUGAAAUAAACAAUGUUGGUGGAUUAUUGGGUGCAAGUCUAUCGUCUCUUGGUAGUUUCGGUAAAUUUCUACUCAUUCUAUUUGCAUUGUCAACUGUUGCAUGUAAUAUACCAAAUAUCUAUUCUUUAUCAUUAUCUGCACAAGUAAUUGCACCAAUAUUUAAUCGUAUACCGCGUUUUCUAUAUACAAUUAUUGGUACUAUACUCUAUAUUCUAUUAGCUAUUGUUGGUGCAAAUAAAUUUAAUGAUUCAUUAACAUCACUGAUGGGUGUAUCUUCAUAUUGGUUUGCAAUAUUUAUGGUUAUUGUAUUUGAAGAUCAUCUAUUAUUUCGACAUUGUUCAUUUAAAAAUUAUAAUUUUGAAAUCUGGAAUAAUUAUCAACUAUUACCAAUUAGUUUAGCUGCAAUUCUAUCUGGAAUUGUUGGAAUUGUUGGUAUUAUACUUGGAAUGUCACAAACUUGGUUUAAUGGACCGAUUGCAAAAGCUAUUGCACGAGAUACUGAUGCACAGGGUGCAGACGUUGGUUUUCAACUUGGAUUUAUUUUUACAGCAGUUACUUUUCCAUUAUUUAGACUCAUUGAACUAUAUUUUGUUCAACGAUGA